GCCGCCACUCCCGCUCUCUCUGCGCCGCCGCCGCCGCCACUGCCACCGCCACCGCCACCGGCUGAGUCUGCAGCACCGAGGAGAUCCCAGCCAUCAUGUCGAUAACGAAGAUCUGGGCCCGGGAGAUCUUAGACUCCCGUGGAAACCCCACUGUGGAGGUGGAUCUCUACACUGCCAGAGGUCUUUUCAGGGCCGCGGUUCCCAGUGGAGCCUCCACUGGGAUUUAUGAAGCCCUGGAGCUACGGGAUGGGGACAAACAGCGUUACUUAGGCAAAGGUGUCCUGAAGGCAGUGGAUCACAUCAACACAACCAUUGCACCAGCUCUCAUCAGCUCAGGGCUGUCCGUGGUGGAGCAGGAGAAGCUGGACAACCUGAUGUUGGAGCUGGAUGGGACAGAGAACAAAUCCAAGUUUGGGGCGAAUGCCAUCCUGGGUGUGUCCUUGGCCGUGUGUAAGGCAGGGGCAGCUGAGCGGGAAUUGCCACUGUAUCGCCACAUUGCUCAGCUGGCCGGGAACUCAGACCUCAUCCUGCCUGUGCCGGCCUUCAACGUGAUCAAUGGUGGCUCCCAUGCUGGGAACAAGCUGGCCAUGCAGGAGUUUAUGAUACUCCCGGUGGGUGCCGAGAGCUUUCGUGAUGCCAUGCAGCUUGGGGCGGAGGUCUACCACACGCUCAAGGGGGUCAUCAAGGACAAGUAUGGCAAGGAUGCCACCAACGUGGGAGAUGAAGGCGGAUUUGCCCCCAACAUCCUGGAGAACAGUGAGGCCUUGGAGCUGGUGAAGGAAGCCAUUGACAAGGCUGGCUACACAGAAAAAAUUGUCAUUGGCAUGGAUGUCGCUGCCUCAGAGUUCUAUCGUGAUGGCAAAUAUGACUUGGAUUUCAAGUCUCCUGCUGACCCCUCCCGAUACAUCACUGGGGACCAGCUGGGAUCCCUCUACCAGGACUUUGUCAGGGACUAUCCUGUGGUCUCCAUUGAGGACCCCUUUGACCAGGAUGACUGGGCUGCCUGGUCGAAGUUCACAGCCAAUGUAGGGAUACAGAUUGUGGGUGAUGACCUGACAGUGACCAACCCUAAGCGUAUCGAGCGGGCCCUGGAAGAAAAGGCCUGCAACUGUCUGCUACUCAAGGUCAACCAGAUCGGCUCAGUCACUGAAGCUAUCCAAGCGUGCAAGCUGGCCCAGGAGAACGGCUGGGGGGUCAUGGUGAGUCACCGCUCCGGAGAGACUGAGGACACCUUCAUCGCAGACCUGGUGGUGGGGCUGUGCACAGGCCAGAUUAAGACUGGCGCCCCAUGCCGUUCUGAGCGUCUGGCUAAGUACAACCAGCUCAUGAGAAUUGAGGAAGAGCUGGGAGACGAGGCUCGCUUCGCCGGACACAAUUUCCGCAAUCCCAGCGUGCUGUGAGCCCUCUCCUCUCCUGGAGCCUUGGACCCCCUCCACCCUCCUGGACCCCCUUCCUGUCCUGCUCUGUGAUAUCUCACCCCAGACACACCCUGGCUGACCCACCGCCCUGCUCCGGGGCUUGUCCCACCCCUGCUGUCUCUACUCUCCCCCUCUGGGUUCCGCUCCCUUCACGUCUCCUUCCUUUCCUCUCUCCCCGAAGACGGGCCACAGGAUGAGGGUGGUGAGGGGGUCCGUGGAAGAAUGGUCAGGGUCUGUUGACAGGAGCAUCAGGGUUGCUUGCUGAGGUGUUCAGGGAGGGGCCAUGUGUCACUGGUGCUUUGCGCCUGUUCCACGUGUUUCCCAUGUUGCAGAUGAACCAGGCAUUGCCUGGUGCGGAGGUGGAGGGAGGAUCUGGCUGCUUGGGCAUGCCUGGCCUAAGGUCUUAGUGUGUUAUUUAUUUUUCAUGGAUUGUGUUGAUUAAUCAUUUCCUCAUGAUUCCAGGGCCAAACACUGGCCUGACAGGAGGGGGCUGUGUAUUUCAUAUGGCUGAGAUUCUGAGAUGGUCUGGGAUGGAAGUCUUGCUGGAAUGCGGAGGGGGAACAGAAAAGGGCCUUUGCUGGCAGUUCCUUUGUGUGUAGCAGCCCUUCACGGAAGCCUGCUGGGGCCAGAGAUGGGGCUGUGCGCCCAGCACUCUUCCCCAGAACUCUUCCCAGCCCUGUGUUCCCUGUUCUUUCUCCAGCUGCCCCAGAGCAAUGUCUUGCUCCCACCAUGCCAUGUUCCAGUUCCCACCACCUCUGACACUGAAAUGAGCAGCACCAUUAAAGUCUGAAUCACAGUGC